AUGUUGGGUGAUUGGGGUAACAGUGCCAUUGAUACGCUGGCAAAUACCAGGAGCAGGGAUGCCGUUAAUUGUCGGUUCAGUGUUCCCAUUAUAAGUCCUACGGAAAAACACGUUGAAUACAAGGCCACCCUUUCUAACGAUUGCCGGUGCAAACAUCGCACUAGUCAUACCCUGCCCUCCCCGGCACCGGUACCUAAGGUCUUAUGUAGCUCAAAGAGCAAGGUCGAACUAUAGGGUAUAAUAACAUGAUUCCACACUUUCAACGCAUGCAUUACUACGGCUAUCAUCGCGUCAUGAGUCGAGUACACGAAUAUUCUGUGACCGGAAUUGAGGGCAGAAUUUGUCACAGAAUUGCGGAAAUUCUUCACCAAUUCCUCGAUGAGUGGCCCGCCUUUCAGCCGCUGAACGAGACUACUGUUCCAC